CGUUCCGUCUGCUGCGUCCUCUGGGUGGACGCCGACACGUCGGUGCUGGAGCGGUACGUCGGCGACCGCGUCGACUGCAUGGUGGAGCAAGGGCUCGUCGGCGAGGUGCGGGAGUUUUACCGGGCGGACGCGGACUACUCCCGUGGGAUCAGGAGGGCCAUUGGCGUGCCGGAGAUGGACACCUACUUCCGGCAGGAGGCGGCAGGGGCGCUGGAGGGAGACGAGGAACGACGGGCCGGGCUCCUCGAGGCCGCCGUCGGCGAGAUCAAGGAGAACACAUGCAGGCUGGUGUGCAGUCAGCUCCGGAAGAUCCACCGCCUGCGAUGCCUGCCUGGGUGGAGCAUCCGCCGCCUCGAUGUCACCAGGGUGCUUUCGCUCAAGGUCGGGAAGGCGACGGACCAAGAGGCGGAGCGCACCCUGUGGGAGGCGGAUGUCGUCGGGCCUGCCGCGUGCGUCGUUGACAUGUUUAUUCGCUCUCCUGGAGGGAUGGUGGCGGAUGUGAGCACGGAUGGGAAGGAGCUAAGCACGGGGGCCAAGCAUGCAGCCGUCGCCGGAAUCGUCGAAGCGGCCGACAGGUGUGGUCUGCAGCUACUCGAGACUGGGCCGACGUCUCGUGGGUUUCAUCCAAGGAAAGCGGCCGCAGCAGUUUGAGUUUCGAGACUCUCAUCAACUUAACCGUACCACCCCUAAAAAAAUCAACUUAACCAUACCAUAUAUCCAUUUAUUUAGUAUCAGAAUAAUCAUUUUAUUGAUUUAUUUUAUCUAGUUGUGCUCUUCUAUCCAUUAAGUUAUAGAAAAGCCUAAUGCAUUGUAUACUGCACACUACUAAACUGGAGUAGAUGACACCCAUGCGCUAAUUAUUUCAAUG